AAGGAUGCUGGUGCGCAGGGGCGCGCGCGCGGGGCCCGGGAUGCCGCGGGGCUGGACCGCGCUCUGCCUGCUGAGUCUGCUGCCCUCUGGGUUCACAAAUACAGACAACUUGACUAGUAUUAUCCUGAAGCCAACUACCCAGGGGGUAAUAUCAGCUGUUACUACAAGUGUAUCCACCCAGGAAUCCAAAACACCAAGUACCACUGGAAGCCCUAGCCCCAGCCUCACCUCUCAGGACUUCAAUGGGACCACAGCAACCAUCUCAGAGACUAGAGUCAACUUGACCUCUUCCCCUGGGACCACCCCAAGCCCUGGAACCACAAACGCUUCUGCACAGCCACAGACCUCCCUAGCCGUGACAAUGCCCACCACCUUGGCCAACUUUUCCACUGCAGAGACAACCUUGGAGCCCAGCACAUCACCUGGAAGUAUUUCUAAUCACACACGCAAUAGCACCAGUCCCGAGAUAUCUCCCACCACAUCCUAUAUGUCAUCUGCUUCUACUCCAAGUACCGCCAAGGGAGAAAUCAGAUGCUCGGGAAUCCGAGAAGUGCGAUUGACUCAGGGCAUCUGCCUGGAGCUAAAUGAGACCUCCAGCUGUGAGGACUUUAAGAAGGACAAAGGGGAGGAACUGACCCAAGUACUGUGUGGGAAAGAGCAGGCUGACUCGGAGGCUGGGGCCAGGGUGUGCUCCCUGCUCCUCGCCCAGUCUGAGGUUAGGGCUCAGUGCCUGCUGCUGGUCUUGGCCAACAGAACAGAACUUUCCAGCAUGUUCCAGUUUAUGAAAAAGCACCAGUCCGACCUGAGAAAGCUGGGGAUCCAGGAUUUCACCGAACAAGAUGUGGCAAGCCACCAGAGCUAUUCCCGGAAGACCCUGAUCGCACUGGUCACCUCGGGGGUCCUCCUGGCCAUCCUGGGCACUACUGGCUAUUUCCUCAUGAACCGUCGCAGCUGGAGCCCCACUGGAGAGCGGCUGGGCGAAGACCCUUAUUACACGGAGAACGGUGGAGGCCAGGGCUAUAGCUCAGGACCUGGGGCCGCCCCCGAGGCUCAGGGAAAGGCUGGUGUGAAGCAAGGGGCUCAGGAGAACGGCACCGGCCAGGCCACCUCCAGAAACGGCCAUUCCGCAAGACAACACGUGGUGGCUGACACCGAAUUGUGA